AGUAGUUGCAUUUUUAAAUGAACCAAUCCUUUCUGUUGGAUGUCUUUUCAUUUGUUGUCACUUCUGCCGAACGCACUAUUUCAAACCCCUUGUUUCCCCUUUUGGGUACAUUUUCACGACUAAAAAGUAUAUUGUUGAUAUUUGUCUAUUUCAUUUAGGAAUAUACCUCUGAUCCACAUGGGUCAGGACCAUACCAAUCUCACGCCAUGUUUUCACCUCAGCAUCAAUACCAACACCAACACCUUUAUCACAAUAGAGCCAUGAGUCCUAGCUUCUUAGAUAGGCCGCGUUUUGCGAACUCGAAUAUUUCAGCCUUACGACAUACUUCUGCUGAGGAUAGUGAUGGCAACGCUAGUGCUUCUUCAAGUGGCAGUCAUAAACGCAGGCGACGACCUACUAAAGCAAGUGGCGGCAAAAAAUCUUUGUUACCCGGUUCUGCUCUAAGCUCGUCACAUGCGGGAUUGGGUCAUCAGAUGUCAAGGACAUCUUCUCAUGGAUCUUUAGAGGGUCAGAACUUUUAUGAUGAUGAUGACGAUUCACUGGAUGACGAUCAUUUUGAUGUCAGGAAUGGGCUGCAAGACUUAAACUUGCAAAAGUCAAAAUCGCCAGGAAUGGAUCGUUCUAAAAAAUCACGGACAAAGACUGAACGGCCUUUCAAAAUCGGGGAAUUAGUGGAAUCCAUGAAAUCUGACACAAACGGAACGUGGUUUGCAGGGCGUGUUCUUGAUCUUGAAGACGAUCCGCACGACCACAUCAACCCUAAAUCCGUCCUUAUUCACUUUGAGGGAUUUUCACCACAUCAUGAUGAAUGGGUUAAACCCAGUCAACUUCGUGCCUGUUCUACUGGCAGUAGCUUCUUAAGAUACGGGCCUAAUGGUCAUGAGCCCCCCGAGAACUGGAUCGCUUAUGAAAAGUUCUACUACUCUGACCUUGGCCGGAUAGCCCGACGACACACAGGACUUGCAUAUGACCGCCGCAUGCUUUUGCAUAAAUGCCAAUGCGGCACAAACCCAGAGGAAAGACACCACCCAGAGCAACCUGAAAGGUUGGUCGAAAUUUUAUGCCAAUUCCAGAAACACGGGAUGCUCAGCCUCGUCAAAUGGAUCCAAGGAAGAGAGGCCACUAUCGGGGAAUUGGUGGCGGCGCAUACGGAUACGCAUGUGCGUAACUAUUGCUGCACAGCAGCUCAGAACAAGAAGUAUGCACUCGAAAAUGGAAUCGAGGACCCAGAAUUGCAAACUGAAGACGAUAUAGAGGAUGAAGAGGAUGAGGCAGACGAAGGAGAGGGGGACGAUGGAGAUGAUAAAGAGGCCACUGCAGCCAAAACACCCGUGCGGCGUGGCCGUCCGAGAAAAAGCCAUCGAGGCAGUAUUCUUGUCCCAACAGUUGGAGCUGAUUUAAAUCCCACUAUGCUUUCUGAGGCAUCUGAAAUCUCACCAGUAGUUGUGGGGACGGGUGACAAGGAAAUAGUGCAGACACCCUCCGAGAUCAUCAGAGAUCCUAUGGAAGUGGAUGUACAUUCACCAGCUCUUGGAAGGCGGCGCUCAAGUAUGCGAGGCUCAGCUAUCAGGAUGUCAUCUCUGGUCAGCAUGUCUUCGACAUUAUUUGCACAAAAAGAAGAGGAUAUGGCCCCUGAUGAUGCAGAGAAGGCCGCUUUGGUGGUCGACGACGAUGAUGAUGAUGAUGAUGAUGAUAAACCAGUCCAGCCUGGUCCUGCCCCCAGCGAGGCGGCUCUUGCUGUAGCUGGUGGAAUGGACCCAACUCUUGCGGGUCAACUUUCAGGUUCGCCGCGUAUAAUGUCCAAACUUGAGGGUGACGAUAAGCAUAUCUCUCCUUUAAGUUUGAGGGCUGCCGAGGGCACUGUGCGUGAACAAGAGAGGAACGUUUCAAUGACAAAGAGUGUGAAUGACGAAACCAUUGAAAAAGCGCGCUUUCCGUCUGGUAUUUCAACUGCGAAUCUUACUGUAGGCGAAAGGAGAGCAUCGAGGAGUAUGCAAGGGCAAUCGGGGGUAUCAGCUGUCCCGAAUGUAGUUGCCUUAAGGGGCCAGGAUAACCAGGAUCCAGAGUCGCAGGCUGAAGGAGGUCUAAAGUCUAUAUCCAUCGAUAAGAGCAAGGAUAAGAAAUAUGAUGAACUCGAAAAAUUCGACAAAACUCAAAAGGAUCCUGGAGCAACCAAGUCGCCAACGAAGAAGAAAGGGCAUCAGGCUUUGUCGCCUGCACCUGAGCCUACGAAUGAGACUUCGAUCAUUAAACCACCAGGGCUAACAUUUACCAUGAGUUGUGGACAGCUGGGUAUUGCCGUUGACACGACAUGGAAUCCAUUCCAUUCAAGCACUGCAGCCAAGGUUGCUGCAGGCUGUUUAAUCAACCUAGUGGACCAAGUUGUGACCGGACGGUGCAAAAAUGGGUUUGCGAUCAUCCGACCCCCAGGGCAUCAUGCUGAGGAGGACGAGGCUAUGGGGUUCUGCUUUUUUAAUAAUGUUGGCGUUGCUGUCAACUUAACGUUAUCAAGAUACCCGCUAACUAUUCAAAAGAUCUUGAUUAUCGAUUGGGAUGUUCACCAUGGGAAUGGCACACAGCAAAUCUUUUACGAAAAUCCCAAUGUCCUGUAUAUUUCACUUCAUCGGUGGGAUAAUGGACACUUUUAUCCCUUUACAGGAGCCCCCGAUGAAUGUGGCGAGGAGGCAGGGGAGGGCACAAAUGUGAAUAUUGCUUGGUCUUCAUAUGGUCGAGGACAAGCAAUGGGCGACGUCGAGUAUAUUGCUGCGUUUUGGUAUGUUCUCUUACCAAUAGCAAGGCAGUUCCAGCCAGACCUUGUUUUUGUGUCUGCAGGAUUUGAUGCAGCUGACGGACAUGCUGCCAAUAUUGGUGGAUACACAGUCUCGCCACAGGGAUUUGCGAUGCUGACACGUCUAGUCCAGACGCUAGCGGGAGGUCGCGUCAUAUUGUCAUUGGAGGGUGGCUAUGAAUUUGAGCCUUUGGCCUUGUCAGCAACCGCGUGUCUGGAGGAGUUACUUCCUCAUUCUUUACUGCCCGCAACUGCUUCAACGCGUGCAUUCCCAUUCGCAUCAUUCCAGGGGACAUUAAAUAGCGUCAAGCCAAACUCUAUGGCUGUGUCGUCUCUCCAUCAAGUCCUUAAAUAUCAGCAGAAAUACUGGAAAUUCCCACCGGAAGUCCUGAAUCCAAGCUUUAGAUUUCAACUGCCAGCGGAAUGGAAGGCAAGCAAUAGUUUGGCAACUCGUCCACGGAGAGAGAGGAAUACGCGCCGUAGAGCACCAAUUCUGGAUUCUUGAGCACCUCACGAUAUAAGUUAAAUGGCGAUGAUAAUAAUUAAACUACAAAAGGGACUAAUGGAGUUAAAGAGCUAAAGACGCAUUACAGUUCGUCUAUCAUGC